UGCAACAUUUCUUCCCUAGUAAACCAGUACCGACAGCGAUUCGUCUCGAUGCGAUUCGUCUCGAUGCGAGCGUGAAAACUUUACCCCCCACACUCCCAUGGCGAAGGCAUUCAUCUGCCUUGCGCUCUCUUUCCUAAGCUGUACCGUUCUCAAUUCCCCUCAGCCUGAGUUUCUUCCUCCCGAUGUAGUCACAUCCGAUGGUAUCACCCGCAAUGCCAGCGGGUAUGUCAGCGGGCCUCUGGCCGUAGAGCGAGGAUGUGACUCUAAUGAGUGGGUGCGAAUGAUGGCCGUCAUUGUGACUCAAGUGAAGGACAGCCUCGAUGACCCGAAAAUCUUCUGCAAUGACGACUUCUGUUACCAAGUUCCUGAUCCCCUCUUGCGACUCAGUAACGAGGAUAAGGAGGGUGGGGUGGAGAUUGAGGGGGAGGUUCGGGAUCCUCAGUUUGGGGUUGCUGCUGACGUGGAUGGUUAUGACAAUAACCGUGAUAGUGAUGCUGACUUGGCUGGGGGUGCCGCUGACGACAACGAUGAGUAUGCUGUUAAUGAUUUUUACGAUAACAAGGAUAAUGCCGAUGGAGAGAGGGGGCGAGGACGGAGGGGAGGAUCAGGGAAGGGCGGGAAGGAUAAACGGGAAAGAAGAAGCCUUACAGGUGGCAAGAGAGGAGUGGUUGAAGGAGACGGGGAGAAGGAGCAGGGAGAAGAGGCAAUUGACGUGGGCACACUCAGUGAUGCCACGUGUCCUGAGCUCUUUCUCCUGCGACAUGGUCGUCAUCUCUUCCCCAUGGGCUCCCCUGCAACCCCUGCUGCCGCCUCUCCAACCCUGCAUCUGGAGCGCCCUUCAUCCCUCGCUCUCUGCAUGCACACUGCGGCUCUUCCCAGCCUUCCCUUCUUCUCGCCGUUCAUUUCCCCGCCACCGCCACUGGAGAAUGCAGAAGUGGCGUUGCACCACAGAGUCUUUCAGGAGAUUGCCAACCUCACGGAGCACCUGACAGGGGACCCAAACAAUGCGCACUUGCUGCUGGAGCGAGGCAAGGCGUGGUUCAGCAUCCACCGGUUCCCAGAGGCCAUAGCCGACGCGCAACGAGCCGUCGAUGUGCUGUCUGCUGCCACUGAUAACUCGCUUCCAUCUGCUGCCGAUUCGAGUCCUGGCGAUGGUGUCUCCCACGCCCCUGAGCUCCCACGAGCGCUGCUCUCUCUGGGCCAGGCCCUGCACGUGGCAGGCAGGGUGCAGGAGGCCGUAGAGGCCAAUGAGCGGGCUGCUGCUAUCCUCUCAGCCCACAACACCAGCAUCCCUGCCACGUCAGCGCCCAGCUCCUCCUCUGCCAUGUCAGCCGCCAGCUCCUCCCCUGCCACGUCAGCAGCAGCCAGCUCAGCGGACUGGGUGACGCCGUCAGCGGCGUGGGUGCUGGUGGGGCUGUCGUACCACUGGCUGCCGGAUGCGGAUAAGGCUGAGAGGGCGUUUGAACUUGCUGUCAAGGCUGACCCAAGAAACCGCAAGGCGUAUGAGAGCUGGGCAAUGCACCGCAGGAUGACAGGCAACUUGAAAGGCGUCCUCCCUCUGUACGCCAAGUGGUCCUCCCUCACCCCUCGCAACCCCAAGGCCCAGCUCGCCAUGGGGUGCUGUCGCCAGGCACUGGGGCACAUGGCACAUGCAGUUUCUUCUUUCUCCCGUAUCAUCGACACCCCAUCCGACCCAGAAGAUGCUCCCAUUCUCUUCCAGGCCUUCUACCAGCGCGAGAUCGCCAUAUUCACAGCAAUGCUUCUCGACAGCUCCUCCAGUGAUUUCUCCAUCGAAUCGACGUUCAGCACCAAGUUCCUGAACCACUGGGCGUACAAGAAAGAUCCAAGAAAUCUCUUCCCCGGAUAUGCCAUGCUGCCCGCUGCUGCUGCAUUUGCUCCCCGCCCACCGCCUCGGCGGGAAGCAGAGGAGGAAGAGAGGGAGAGGGAGAGGGUGGUUGAGGCUGCGGACUUGAUUGGUCGGCGUGUGCAGUACCGUGGUGUUGGCAACAUUGUGAAUAAGAGAGCGCAAAGAGCAGCAGGCAUGGCAGCGCUGGAGGUGAUGCAAUCAGCACGCGCCACGUGGCGGAGAUGGGCCAAGAGGAUAAGGAGAGGGGAUGGGGUGAAGGAGGAGAGGCGAGAUGAGAAGGAAAAUGAAGAUGAUGAGGAGGAUGAGGAGGAGGAUGAAGAGGAGGAGGAGGAGGAUGAGGAGGAGGAGGAAGGGGAGGGGAUGCCGGUGGAUGGAUGGAAGGGGCUGUUCUCCAUUGGGGCGAGGUGGAGGCAGAUUGUGGAGCCGUGUGAGCCGGUGAUAUGGACAGAGCGACUGAGGAGCACCGACUCCUCUUUGGUGGGAAACUCCAACACCCCCAUCUCUGUGUUCCGCCAGCUCACCACCAAAUAUGCCGACUACUAUAAUAGGACUCUUUCUGUUCUCAAGCAUCGCAUGGUGCAGCAGCAGCAUGUGUUCUCCGGAGAUAGCAAGCGCAUCGACCUCUCACAGGCAGACGUUGCAAAGGUCGGGGCAGCAGAGACGGAGUAUGAUCUAUUCGGCGUUGUUGGCCAGAGCUUCCUUGUCACCACUCCUUGCCACUCCACUGCCUCUCCUGGCCUCGUUCUCAACGGCACAGAGAUCCUCGUUAAGGAAGUCUCCUCCCCCUUGUCUCUGGAGCUCUCCAUCCGCACCACGCGCUACGUUGACCGCUUUGACCAGUUUGACCGGGAGCUGAGGGCAGCAUGGGAGCACCUGUGCGGGCUCAUGGCCGAUGGGGCAGCUACGGCUGGGCGUGGAGGAACGGAUGUUGAAGAUGCCAUCCUUCGCCUUGCAUACUUCUGGUACCAGGCGCUCCCCCUGUCUCGAGGCACAGCCGUGGUGGGAUACGCCACCCUCCUCGGGCUCUUCCUGGCUGCUGGCAAGGAGAUCACAGCAAGCAUUCCCCGAGAAUGCAGGUGGACUGGGAAGCAAUGCUGACCCCCUCAGUGGAGGACUUUAUAUCGAGGAUGUCAGAAUGGAUGUAUCCGUCUAUCGUCGACGCAAGAAAAUUCUACAGCCUGCCUGGCGUCCACCAGGCAUUCCCCACUGUGGAGUCUGUGUUACGUAUGAUGGCUGAUAUUUGAAUCACCAUUCAUAAGGUAAUUUGUAUAAGAUGCUUGAACUAGGUCCAUCACUAAUAUCUUUCUUAAUUGUCAAACAUCAGUUCCUUAUUAUUGAUGGAUGUUAUUUUUGUGCGCUACAAU